AUGGUUUUUAAAAAAUUCGAUCAUCCUAUUCCAUUCGUCGAAAUUAAUCAAAUACCGGGAGAAAAAACCCAUGAAGGAAUAUUUAGCAUUAUCGAGAAGUGGAAAUAUAGAGAAAUUAUUGUUGCAGAAAUAUCAGUUGAUGAAAUUAGAAAACAUAAUAAUCUUUACUGUGACAAUGUGAUCAAUUUUCAUGGAAUAACAGUGUUUCCAGAUGAAACUAAAUGUUUGAUAAUGAAUUACGAAGCAAAUGGAAAUCUACAUGAUUAUCUCGCAAACAAUCAACUUAAAUGGGACCCAAAGUUAAAAAUGUCUAGUGAUAUCGCAGCAGGAUUGUUACAUUGUCAUGAUCAUGAAAUUAUACAUUUGAAUAUAAAUUCUAAAAAUAUUUUAGUAGACAAAAACUUCGAAUUGAAGAUUGCAGGUUUCGGCUAUCUCACAAACGGAGAAUCUGAAACUACACGAUGGGCUGUGCCAGAGGAUUCAGAAAUGAAAACACGCAUAUUAAAUACUGUAAGAUGGGCUGCGCCAGAAAUAUUUUCUAAGGAUCCAGUAAUGAAGAAACAUUAUAAAGAAAAUCCGAAACUUUCAGAUAUUUAUAGUUAUGGAUUGGUUGUGUGGGAAAUUGCAAUGAAUGGCAUAGAGCCAUAUCGUGAUAUGGAAAUUGAUGAAAUAAAAGAUUCUAAGGUUUCUGGCAAUAUUAGUGACAAACUUGAAAUAGGAAAACCUUCAACAUGA